AUGUUGUCGAGGAUCUCCCGCCUCGGCGUCCACGCCCUGAGCCGGGCGAGGCUAGGUCAAAAGUCAGUAAAUUCAAGGAAUCAGGAAGAACCAAUUAGAGCUUGUAUGAACUAUGUGGGUAAUCAUUCUCUAUGUUCCGCCACGGGAGCUAAAGUCAGUGACAGGAGCGAACAGCCAAAAGCUAAGAUAUCUGUGACAUUUGUUGAUAAGGAUGGCGAUGAAACGGUUAUCAAUGUUCCUAUUGGGAUGUCAAUGCUGGAAGCUGCUCAUGAGAAUGACAUAGAACUUGAAGGAGCAUGUGAGGGCUCUCUUGCAUGUUCUACCUGUCAUGUGAUUGUAACGGACGUAGACUACUAUAACAAAUUGGAAGAUCCUGAAGAUGAGGAAAACGAUAUGCUGGACCUUGCUUUUGGGCUUACAGAAACAUCUCGCCUUGGCUGCCAAGUAAUUGCAAGCCCUGAACUUGAUGGCAUAAGACUAGCACUGCCAGCAGCUACCAGAAAUUUUGCUGUUGAUGGGCAUGUCCCAAAACCACACUAA